UAUAAAUCUGCUCCUACACAGUCUUACUGAAAUUGACAGCCAGUUACAAGGGGGUGUAAACCCAGUAGUUUGAAACAUAUAAAUGUGAAUUUGAGCACAUUUUUGGCACAAACUCUCUGAGUCUUAAAAGGCACACAUUUCUGAGGAUUUUUCCAAGUGCAGUUGGGAGCUUGAGAAUAUGGGUCAGUGCAGUUCAAGGACAUCUGAGCAAGUGCAUGAGCAAUUUAACGAGAUCACGUCACUUACAACUAUAAAGUUCACUGAGAAACGCUUUCCUGGCAUUUCACAAGGCAAAGUGCGAGUGGACUUCUCUCAGAAUGAAAAUAAAGUGGAGACUCCUUUGGACAGAAGGCGAUGCGGCUGCAACGGUCAUGACGUGUGCUCGGGACUGGUUUUCGUGGCAGAUCCAACCGGUGGGGUAUGGAUUGAUAAAGCUAUCGGAAGGCAAAGAUAGAUCCUAUGGAUGUGGAGCUGGAUUUGGCUCUCUACUGUCUUGAUUCUCCCUAAAAUCCGUCCUGGAGAUAUUUGAAGGUGACGGUCACAGUAAAUCCAGUGGGAAAGUAUCUGGAAGGCUUGGGAUGUCAAGGAUUCUUGAAUGCCUCAAAGAGAUCUACAUAAUUCAAGGCUGGAAAUGCUGACAAUUAUUUCCGAAUAGAUCUUUUGUCAAAAACCAUGUCUUUAAUUUUCAGUAUAUGUUGUCUUCUUUUAUUUAUAGCCUGUGGUCAUGCAGUAAGUCCACAUGGUAAUGCAUGAAGUCAAAUAUGUUAUCAGCUGAUAUAUUUAGUUGGAAAGCAACUGUGAGCCCAUUCUUAUUUUAUUUCACAUGUGAGGACAUGUACCAGGGCAGCAGGCAGUUUUAACUUUAAUUGUGAUUGGUUUCUUUGUUCUUUUAAAAAGAACAGUUCUAAUGUAAAGUACUGUAUGAUAUUAUUGUGUUGAGCGUUGUGGAAAAAUACUUUUGAUAGCUAGUUUUAAUAGCUGAAUCCAAUGUAACUGGAACUGUUUAAAUUAACUGUUAAAUGGCAUUGUAUACCUGAGGAUUUUGGAACUUAAGAUUUCAUUGUUUGUAUAUUUGACAUGAGAGUCCAUAAAAGACAUUUAUGUAAGGUAAUGGGUGUAUUGGGUAGUUGAUUUGUUUCACUCAUAUAAUAUUUUAUACAUUUUUAAACGUGUAGAUUAUUUAAAUAAUGUUCUGUAAAGAGAAAAUGAAAAAGGACACCAUUCCAGGGAUUCCUAGCAUAUUAUUUGGGAGGUGUCCUUGUCAUACUUUGACCCCUUAAUCACACAGCUCUAUGUAGAUAAGCAAGAUGUAAUACAUCACUGAGUAACAAAGACAACAUCUUAGGUAAACUCACAUGCGCCAAGAGAAGACAGAGCUUUAGUUUAUGUGAACGUUUGACAUUUAGAAUGGGCCAAACGGGAUCCAGACACAAACCCGAAGCACGUAUCAACCUCCUGGGGCUCGAUGGAGCUGGUAAAUCAACGCUUCUUUACAAACUCAAAUACAAUGAAGACUUCCACACUGUUCCAACAAUCGGAUUCAACGUGGAAAUGAUUGAGGCCAAGAGGAACAGGGAGAAAAUUGCCUUGACCGUGUGGGAUGUCGGUGGCCAGGCUAAGAUGCGAGCUCACUGGAAGAGCUUUUACCAAGACACAGCUGGAAUUGUGUUCGUUUUAGAUUCUUCUGAUAUGAAGCGGCUGGACGAGGCAAAGGGAGUGCUUGAACAGACCUUAAAGAGUGACCACCUCAAGGGACUGCCGGUGGUCGUUCUUGCCAACAAGCAAGAUAUUGAAGGAGCUGCAACGGUAAUAGAGAUCACAGAGAAGUUUAAUCUGAGAAAGAGCUGCAGUGACCGAGACUGGUUCAUUCAGCCUUGUUCUGCAUUGACUGGAGCGGGUCUGGUGGACGGCUUCAGAAGAAUAGCACACCUGGUAAAAAUAACACCAGAGGACCAUAACAUCAAAGAGACUGUGAAACACAUAAGAGCAACAUCUGUGAUGUUAGUGAAAAAAUAGCCAACACAUGGCUACAUCUUGUCACAUCUAUGGAUUUCUGUUUACUGUCCUGCUAUAUAUAGUUGGAUCAUGUGGAUUGACUUUGGUGUAUUAGUGAUAGCAGAACCAUGCAACAGGCCAGUGUUAACUUGAUAUUUAUAAAUAUAACCACAAUUGUAUGUGCUUGUGUACAGUUUCUGUGGUAUGCCUUUACAAAAACAAAAAGGACCCAGACAGUGCCAUGAUCCAAAUUUGUUGUAUUUUUUAACAUGGAAACUUAAAAAACAAGCUAUAGAAGGUUAUGUAUAUCCUACUAGUUCUCAUUGAAUUCAGUAUAUUCAUGUAAACAAGAACCAUGCAAGGAGCUAAAGUUAC